UGAUUUAUUGCCCGUCGAAACGAAGGUGGUUGGAACGAGGGCGAUGGGGUUUCCCUCGUGAACUUUCCUACCAGUCCGGCGCUAGACGAGGACCAGAAGAAGGGAGGAAGAAGAAGAAUCCCGCCCCAGAGGAUGCUAACUGAAACCAAGAUGUUAUAUGAAAUUCAGAUGUGGUGCUGUCAAUGGAAAAGGAAGUCACAUUUAUUUUUACUGUUCAUACUCAGUCUUCUGUGCAUACAGAUUUCAGCUCAAGAUUGCUCAGAGUGUCGUAUGGUGCUGUCCAAUCCCACGGGAAUUUUUACCUCUCCUUGCUUCCCCAAUAAUUAUCCCAACAAUCAAGCAUGCAAGUGGACCAUCAGGGCUCCUUCUGGAUACAUCAUUCAGAUAACAUUUGUUGAUUUUGAUAUUGAAGAAGCGUCUGGUUGCACAUAUGAUCACAUAAAUUUGGACACUGGAGACAAGAAAGAUUCCUAUUGUGGGAUGACUGCCAAAGGUUUAUCAUUUAACUCAUCUAGGAAUGAAAUGAUUGUAACUUUUACAAGUGACUUUAGCAUUCAAAAGAAAGGCUUCAAUGCUACUUAUACCCGAAUUGCUGUAUCGUUGAAGAAUCAAAAGGUUAUCAUUCCGCAAUAUCUAGAUUCUGAUUCUGUGUCUCUGGCAAAUUCUGUCCAAGUCCCAGAUCUUAAUCAGUUCACCCUGUGCUUUGAAGCAAGAGCAAACAACAGUAAUAACUAUGAAUGGAAGGCUUUCUCCUAUGGUGAUUCCUCUGUGGAAUUCUUCAGCUUUGGCAAAACGAAACAAGGGCACUUCGUUUUUAUUUCAGACUCAAAGUGUUUUUUAAAUGAUGCUCUUAACAUUGGUCCAGAUGAGGACAUUUUCACAGAAACAUUUGAAGAGCUUUGCAUUGUAUGGGAUAGCUCAUCAGGCACAGUAGGUAUAAAUGUCAAAGGGAUGUAUAAAACAGUCCAUUGUUUAGAUACUUCUGAAAAAGUGAUUCCUGGUAAUGGAAAGUUGGUUCUGAGUUCUGACAGAGAAGACACAAGCCCUUUACCUGGAGAUAUGUACAACUUCCGGCUUUGGAAUUUUACAAUGAAUUCCCAAUCACUUUUCAACCUCACCUGUGAUGAGAAAGGUAACAUUAUUGACUGGGAAAAUGAUUUCUGGAGUAUUCCAACAACAUUUCUAAAAGCAGAGAACAACUUGAGUUGUGGCUCAUAUCUCGUCCCCUUGCCAACAGUUGAACCAACUAGCUGUACCACUACAGGAAGCCUUUGCCGAGCUACUGUAAGUUCAACCACUCCAUCACCCACUGUUACCACUAACAUGCCUGAUACUAACAGAACCGAUAAAAUAAUGGAUGGUAGAUUAUACUACAGAAUUGACUUUACUGUCUACAAAAUCAAAGAAGAUGCAGAGCCAAACAUUCAGAAUGUAAUUAGAGAAUGGUUAAUCCAGACCAUGGGGAGCUGGAAUUAUAACGUAUGUGUGGUUCAUGUAAGUGUUGAACCGAGUUCAACAAAAAAUGCAGCAAGAGGAAAGAGAAGCAUUGAUCAAAGUUUUGAAGUCCGUGCUCUUUUAGCUUACAAUUCUACCAACAAUGUAAGUUUAGAAGAACAAAUGAUUAGACAGAAACUCGAAAACAGUAAUAUCACAGAAAACUUGGAACUCCGUAACGUGAAUGUUCAUUCAAUUGAAAAAUGUGAGGCUGAGGAACAGCCUACGAAUUACUUUUGGAAAGAAACUGGACCAAGAGACACUGCCACCAUUAGCUGCUAUGACAACCCUACCCAGAUUGCAUCACGAACAUGCUUUCUAAGCAUGAAUAAUUACACAUCUCAUUGGGAUACUCCUGAUCUUAGAAACUGUACAGAAAAUGCUGCUGACAUAGCCAACCAGCUACUGAAUCUUACGGGAGAAGGGCAGCAGUUGACUUCAGACAAAGUUAAUGAUGUGAUCCAGAAAUUAAAAAAAAUUGUGAAUGAUGAAGAAAUCAAUGAAUCCUUGGGUUCUACUGUGAUCACGAUAUUUUCUAAUAUUUUAACUAGUUCUGAUAAUGUAUUGGCUGCAUCAUCUUCUGAAGCUAUAAAGACAAUUGAUGCCUUGGCAUUGAAGAUUCGGUUUAUAGGUACCUCCAUGAGCAUUUCAACCCGAAACUUAGCGCUUGGAGUUUCAUCUUUGAAUUCAUCUUUAUUCAAUGGUUCUUCCUUCAGUGUCGGUCCCCAGAACAAUGCUUCUGAUUUUCAGAUUGAUUUUGAUAAAAACCAAGACAAUUCUCUUGCUACUAUUUAUUUGCCUCCAAGUUUGCUAAAUAAUUUAAAUCAAGAAGAUCUUGAAACAAUAUCCAGGGCUCAAUUCACUUUUUUCAAUAAAAAUGGACUCUUUCAGGAUACAGAAGCUCCUUCCAAUUUAACAAGUUACGUGGUAGCCUGCAGUGUGGGAAAUACUACUAUCCGUGAUCUCAAGGAGUCUGUGAAAAUUACAAUCAAGCAUACAUUCAAACAUGAUAACAUCCAGAAGGCUCCUAAUGCUACUUGUGUUUUUUGGGACAUGAACAAGAACAGAGGCCAAGGUGGGUGGAAUAAAACAGGCUGCUAUGCACUUCCCGAGUCAAAUGAAAAUGAGACUAUCUGUCUCUGCAAUCAUCUUACACAUUUUGGCAUAUUGAUGGAUUUGCCAAGAACAGCUUCACAAAUAGAUUCUGGAAAUACCAGAGUCCUCACUUUCAUAACAUAUAUCGGUUGUGGAAUAUCAGCCAUAUUUUCUGCUGCAACCCUUCUGACAUAUAUUGCUUUUGAAAAACUGCGAAGAGAUUAUCCGUCCAAAAUCCUAAUGAAUUUGAGCACAGCUUUGCUGGGCCUGAAUCUGGUCUUUCUCCUGGAUGGUUGGAUUGCAUCAUUUGACAUAGAAGGCCUCUGCAUAGCUAUUGCUGCUCUCCUGCACUACUUUCUUCUGGCAACUUUCACCUGGAUGGGCCUUGAAGCUGUUCAUAUGUAUAUAGCUCUAGUAAAAGUGUUCAAUACGUACAUUCGUCAAUACAUAUUAAAAUUUUGUGUGAUUGGUUGGGGUUUACCAGCAUUGGUAGUAAUUAUUAUUUUAUCAAGCACCCAUGCAAAUACAAAUAAUAUUUACAACAACAUUUUAAAUGACAAAAAUAAUAAGGAACAAGAUGGAGAUGAUUUCUGCUGGAUUAAAAGCACCGUUGUGUUUUACGUGACUUGUGUUGGCUACUUUGGAAUCAUGUUCCUCAUGAACAUUGCCAUGUUUGUUGUGGUGAUGAUGCAAAUCUGUGGACGAAAUGGAAAACGGACCAAUAGGACUAUGCGGGAAGAGAUCCUGAGGAACCUGCGUAGUGUUAUUAGCCUGACUUUCCUCCUAGGCAUGACAUGGGGUUUUGCUUUUUUUGCCUGGGGGCCACUAUAUCUCCCUUUUGUGUAUCUCUUCUGUAUUUCCAACUCACUGCAAGGUUUAUUUAUAUUUAUAUUCCACUGUGCAAUGAAAGAAAAUGUACAAAAGCAAUGGAGAAGGCAUCUUUGUUGUGGACGAUUCAGGCUGGCAGAUAACUCAGACUGGAGUAAAACAGCAACUAAUAUAAUAAAGAAGAGUUCAGACAAUCUGGGAAAAUCCUUAUCUUCCAGUUCUAUUGGUUCUAAUUCAACAUACCUGACUUCAAAAUCCAAAUCCACAUCAAACACCUACCAUAAAAGGAACAGCCAUUCUGACAAUGUUUUUCUUGACAAGCCUUCAACAAAAUACAUCCAAGUGGACAUGGAACAGACGUCAAUCAUCCCAGUUCACCAAGUCAUUGACAAAGUGAAAGGUUACUAUAAUACUCAAUCAGACAAUUUCUAUAGAAAUAUGAUCAUGUCAGACUCCCUGAGCCACAGUACAAAAUUCUGAAUAUCUGGAAGAAGACAAGUCAACAAGCAGAAUAAAGAUUAUUAAGUGUUGAACUUGUGGUGACUGGCAAAAGAUAUAAACUUUACCAAAGUGUUGUGCUUUAUCCAGUUAUAUAAGCUUUUCAGCUACCUAGACUUGGAGAAACAGAACAUCUAAUCAAUUCUCUCCACUCUCUUAUCAACAGUUCUCAAGCAUCUAACAGUGACAUGUUUAUUAAUCCCAUCUAUAAUCUUGCAAAGUUAAGAAUCUUGAAAAGUCCAAAACUAAAGCUUGUAGCUUCCAAAGACAUUUUCAAAGCAUGCUGUUAAGAUGUUGCAUCAACCCACAUUUUCUUCUGUGAUAUAUAUGUAUGUCUGUGUGCAUAUGUAGCCUUACACAGGGAGGGCUAUCCAAUUGUGCAUGUCAGUAGGUAUAAAUGUAUUCCCUUGGAUCAUGUAAUCAAAUCUACUCUGAAAAGAGGGAUAAUAGCAUAUUCUGCUUGCAGCAUCAGCAGAGGUCUGUUUGCGUAAUGCUAGAGGUCAUUUGAGAUUUUAUAGAUGUUUUUUACAAGGCAAAGAAAAACUAUUUUUAGUGAAUUUAUACUCUUUUGUGCCUGAUUACAGAAAUCAAAAGUGUUUCAAAGAUUAUCUUUCUCUCAAUCUUAACUCUUGCUUGCAAACUCUGGGCCAUAUUUAUUAUUUUAUUAUUUUUUAAUGGCAGAAGUAUUGAAGUGUGCUUCUGUGAUUUUGGAAAAACUUAAUGAAAUGUUUUAUAUAACUUGAAAGUUUGCCUAGUUAUAGAUCAAAAGAAACUGAGCAGUUAAACUGAGCACAGUUGCUAUGCAUCUUCAUCAUGAUCAAAGAAUAGAAAUUCUGAAUCAGUCCAAUAUUAUAUAUGAAUUUACAUCAGUUUUUCCUAAUUUGCUUUAUUUUCACAUCCUUAUAUAUGUGGAAUUCCAGGAUGGAACAUGGUUUUCCAUUGAUUUAUGCCUUAAGAGCAAUGUUUAUUAACCUGUCAAAUCAAGUUACUGCCCUACACCUUUUCACCCAGAUAGACCUUUUCCAAGAUAUGUAUUGACACAUACCUAACAAGAAAUCUUUAUAAUUUCAGAUAUACACAGCUGCUGAAACAAUUGAGAUUUUCACACGUAAGCAUAGCGGUCAUGCCAUCUAUUCUUCCCUUCAUAUAGUAUUUUGAAUUACAGAUUAUAUUAUUAUAUACUCUGUAGCAAAUAUACUUAGAUUUACUAAAGUCAGUAUGCCUCAUCUUUAAAGGAGAAGGUUGUUAUAUUCAUUGUUUACAACCGUAACACAAAUUUUCUUUGGGUGAAAUUAGCUAAAAUAAAUACUCAAAAUAUAUAUAUUUGCACACAAACAUACACACACACAUGCUAAAUAUAAAACAAUCUGUCACUUGCUCAAUUCUUUAGUAACUCUUUCUGUGUGCCAUUUUAUUUAAUCUCCCAAUAAUAUAUAGAAUAAUCUCCAGUAUGUCUUCUUAGAAAUAAUUCCAACUGAAUACAAGGAGGCUUAUUUUAAGGAAAAUUUGUACAGAAUUGCAAAUUUGACCAGUGACUGACAGGUGGUCAUAGGAUUUCUCCCUCUUUCUAUGGCAAUAAUCUCUGCAAGCUUAUUUUCAAAGUUUCAACUCCAUCUGUUAUUAUAGCUGUUUAACAACUACCUGUUAUACUAAAGUUGCCCUGUUAGACUAAAGUUGUUUGAUUUAAUUUGUUUUAUAAGGCAUUAUUUAUUGCAGGUUAAGGAUUUAUUUUAAUAUGAGUGAAUGAUUCCUUGUGACAUCAAAUUAUACCAGAGUCUGAUGGGAUCAAACAGAGUCUGAUGGGAUUACUAAAGAGAAUGUUUUGUUUAUAUGUGCCUUCUAAAAAAAUUAGUUUAUAUCUCUCAAUAAAUUUCAGAAAGUCACUUAUGUAACAUUUAUUCUGGAUAAAAUAUUCAAAAUAAGGAGGGAAACUCUAUUUCUGUAUAUGGUAAUUGGAAGUAAAUAAUAUUAAAAUGGUAAAUGGCUUUACUUUCAUUAGGAAAAUUGUAAUACUUUAGUUUCCCCUUAAGAUGGUUUUAUCUGACCAGAUUAAUGUGAAAUGUGCCUAUAUUUUAGCCAAAUAAGAAUAUUCUUUGCAUUUACUACCAUGUAGUAAUCCUUUAAAAUUUAUUUCAGAUAAAUAGUUUUUCUAGUGCUCUUCUUUCAUCAUAUCAUCUUUCUUGUAUAAAUCUUUGGUUUUCUUAUCAGCAAAGCUUAACUUUCUUUGUAUAUAUUUAUUUAUUUCUGAGGUUUAAAAUGUGUCAGCAUGUUUCAACUGCACACUAGCUGUCUUUGUAUACAAACUUUAAGUGAUAAGGAGAAAAAUAGGUAUGUGUGUGUGAAUAUGUCUGCAUGUUGGAUUUGCUACAUGUACAAUUUAUUGGAUAAGCUUUUGUUUAUCACGGAAAUACUGAUAUAAUUUCAAACAUUAGUUUUUAAGGACUAGUGUACAAUUUAUAGAAACAUUGUAACAUC